CCAACAGUUCUCACAAAGCUUUGCUCCUGAAGAUGCAAUAAUGCUUGUUAUUAUAUCUAAUUUUUACCUUUUCUUGACCAUAAAUUUUCAGUACUAGCUCCAUUAUCCAACAGACUUUUGUCUGCAGAUUUGAAGAUUGAAUCGAGAAGCUGAAUUUUCUUUUGGAAAGGAAUUCUGCCUGAGGAAAGAAAGGGAAAAAAAUGAACAAGAACAGCACUAUAAAGGCAUUGGAUGGAAGAGAUCAUGCUAUUUCUAUCAAUUCUACCACUGAAUCACUGGCAUCUUCCCUGGAAAAAUUGAUGGGAGAGGAUAGUACUUUCAUGCCAUCUAGGUGUUGCAUCUUCAAGACACCAAGCAUACUUUACAGGCACAAAGAACAAGCAUACAUCCCCAAUGCAUUUUCAAUUGGGCCUUUUCACCAUGGCAAACCAAACCUGACACACACGGAAAAGAUCAAAUUAAAGUAUUUGCAAGGCCUUAUCUCUCGAUCGCAUUCACAGGCAAGUUUGAGGCAGUGCUUUGAUGUCAUCCUGGAGGUCGAGGAAGAGGCUCGUGAGUGCUAUGCAGGUACAAUUGGCUUCAGCCCAGAUGAAUUUGUGAAAAUUUUGGUGCUUGAUGCUUGCUUUAUUAUUGAGCUGUUCCGUAAGGAUGCUGGGUUGGCGGCCAAAGACGAGGAUGACCCUGUAUUCACCAUGUCCUGUAUGCUCCAAUUUUUAUAUCAUGACUUGAUUUUGCUAGAAAACCAAAUACCUUGGCUAGUGCUUGAGCGUGUAUUUCGCUUGACUGCUAGUCCUAGUGAAAGCAAGUCCCUGGUUGAGCUUACCCUUGAAUUCUUUGGUAACAUUUUCUCAUCCGAUAAACAUUCCAUUGAACCUCACCUUUUUGCCAACCAGGAGAUCAAACAUAUUCUGGACUUGUUGAGGAAGUCAUUGCUUUUGCCAUCCAGAGGUGAAGAUAACCAUCACUGCUUUGGAUGGCAACCCUUUCCCUCUGCCACAAGUAUCAAAGAAGCUGGAAUCAAAUUCAGGAAAGUUGCAUCCAGUAGCAUAUUGGAUAUAAGAUUUAGCAAUGGCAUCCUUGAAAUGCCAUCUUUGCUGAUCCAAGAGACCACAGAAACCAUCUUCAGGAAUCUUAUCAGUUUUGAGCAGUGUUAUCCAAAUUGUACUCCUAGAGUCACAUCUUACGCCAUAAUUCUAAGCCACCUCAUCAGCACACCCAAGGACAUGGACAUACUAUGUGAUAAUGAAAUUAUAGAUAAUUGGCUGAUUCCAGAGGACUCAGCCAAGUUCUUUAAGACUCUAUAUCAUGAUUCUUACGUGAAAGAGUUCCACUAUUUGAGACUUUGUGAGCAAGUGAAUGGAUAUUGCCAUCAUUGGUGGUCUAGGUGGCACGCUUCUUACAGGCAUAACUAUUUUGGUAAGCCGUGGGCUAUUGUUUCUCUAUUUGCUGCAGCUACCCUUUUGAUUCUCACCUUCAUACAAACCUACUAUAUCGUCUUCAAAUAGAAGCCCUCCUCCAUGGACUUGUAUUGUAGAAGAGAAAGUGAAAAUUGCCGUGUCAUGUAAUGUUUUUAGUACAUGCUUGUUAGAUGUUAAACUUUCAUAUAUACCAUGCUAUAUAUAUAUUUUUAUA